AAUUGAUAUUUUGAGCGGCUUUCAGCCAUGAAGCUGUCAACAUCAACCACUAUCAACAAUAUCUGCUGUUUCUGUGUUUACAGACAUCAUUUGAGACGUUGCUGUGUAAACUGUUCUGAAUCAAAAGAGUAAAAAUGGUGUGUUCUCACACAAAACGUUGUGGUGUAAACUCUGAUUCAGCUGGCUUUAUUUACAGAGCAUUUCACACAGAAGGAAACUCAACAUGCUUCACAAGAUCAGCAGUGUGUUUCAAAACAAAAAUAACUAAAUAAAAAUCAAACCAAAAUCUGCACAAUAAGGAAAAGUAUGACUGAGCAGAAGAUUUUUUAUUGGAAAAGCCAUUGAAUAGUAAAUAUCUCCAGCAUUUUUACACAGUAUCAGUUGUUUCCUGCCAUCAGUUCUCAGGUGAACAGCAGGUAACAGACCCACAAACUGAACUCCCAGUCCGUCUGACUGAACUUUACUUCAUGGUUCAUUUAAGUGUCAGAGCUCCAGGGCGAAGCUUCGGGGAGGCGGGGUUUACAUGGGAAACUCGGUUUAACCCUUUAAAACAUUUUCAAGUCGCGUCCAAACAGAUCAAAUCCAUGACUCCACACCGCUGCUGUUAUUAAAGCCCUCAGACCGCACGCGCUCCUAAAGCAAAGCAAGGCUUGUAGCCAGAUAUCCGCAAAUGAUAUGCUGCAGCGAGAGAGGGAGACGGAGCCUCCGGAGCUUCGGCGAAGCUCCAGGGCGGAGCUUCGGACUGUUGAAGCGACGGAGGAGUGGUUUACUUGCGUCGCUCGUAUAUAUUGAUAGCGCUCAGCCUCUCUGCUCACACAAACCCUGACUGAACACAGAUGAUGGCGCUUCGUCUCCUCUCUACACUGAUCCUGCUCUCUACCAGCGGCUCUGUCUGUGGACUGAUGAUCCUCGAGGUUUUGGGAAACGACGUUAAAUUCCCUUUGAGCUCCUCGUGCGCAGCAGAGAAGACUCAGCGUCUGUUCCUCCAUGUGAGAGGUUCUCCCCCCCGGCUGGUAGCGUCUCGGACUGGAGCUCAGGUCUCUCCUGGACCACUUUACACUGACAGACUGAACCACAGCGACUCUCUUCUCCUCCUGAAACACGUGAGGAUGAACGACGCCGGACUCUACGAGCUGACAUGUAACGACCGUGUAGAGACUCUGAUGGAGCUGCAGCUCUUCUUCCCGGUGGAAACGGUCUCUGCUGAGGGGCAAACCGUGGAUCUCCCGUGUCAUUCCGUUACACUCGGUGGAUCCGUGGAGAGUGUGAAGUGGGAGAAGAGCAGCGGACAGGUGGUGCUGGAGGUGGACGGACUCUCUGGAAGCUGGACUCCGGGGGAAGAGUUUCAAGGAAGCCGGCUGUCAGUGUCCAGGGACUGGAAGGAAACAGGGGACUUGUCGCUCCGGAUGGAGGUGAAGGAGGAACACGGAGGACUUUUCUUCUGCUGGAUAACAGAAGGCAGAGUGAAGACCUUGAAGGCAGCAGUGAGGCUGACAGUCAGACCGAACAUCACGGAUCCAGAGAGCAGCGAGACCAGCGAGCAGCCUCAGGAGUCACACUGUGCUGAGGUUUAUUGGCGUAAACUCUUCAUCACAGCAGCAGUUGUCCUGAGCCUCAUUCUGCUUCUGUUCAUGGCUGCUGCUGGAUGUUUUCUGAAAAGAAUCAGGCGAGCUGUUCUGAAGGCGUUGUCACAAGACAGAAAGAAAGAAGACGAGAGCAACACAGAUGGAAUUCCUCUGAACCCAAGAGAGGCUGAAGAAGGUCUGUCCUCUUCAGGAUCAGACACCAAAGAGAAAAGCUGCUUGAGGACCAGAGAGAGUCUCUGAUUUCUACUCCUGAUCUUUCAUUUCGUUUCAAUUUCAAUUCAGCUUCAUUUAUACUAUGUCAAACACAACAGUCAUUUCUAGACACUUUGUCAGAGAAAUAGAGAAUGACUGGUGGCAAUUCCACACACACACACACACACACACACACACACACACACACACACACACACACACACACAUACACACACACACACACACACACACACCUGUACACUACAUUUUCUAUUUUUAUGAACUUGUAGCAAGUUUUUUUUAUCAAUUGACAAAAAUGUUCUAAAUAAUGUUUGCAUUUCUCCUGAUAAAUAAGAUGGGGAAUCACACUGUCUAAUAGUGAAAUACAUCCAAAAUACACAAAACUAUUGAAAUGAUUCAUAAAGAAUAACUUAUGACCUGGUAUUGUUGAUAAACUCUUGUGUCACUGGGAAAAUGUUACGAUAUAAGAGGAGAGUUACUGUUUAAAACUCAUGAAGUCCACACCACUCUGAAAGGUUUUUGUGUCUCAAAUUGUGGUGUAAAAAGAUGGAACAAAUUCUUUGUGGAGACCAGACAUUUGUGAAAUGAGUCUCAAUUCAAAAAGAGAUAUAAAGAGCUGAUUCGAGGUCCAUGGUUUGGUGAUGAUAUGAUGAGGGCCGUUAAUUCAUGGUUCUGUUUGUACUGAAAGUGAUGAUUAUAAAGCUAUACUGUUUUGUAAAUUAAGAUCAGGCAAUAAUGUGAAGCGGUAUGAUUGAAUAAGAACUUCUUCCCCCUUUUUGGGCAUGUCAAAGACACGGUAUGGUGUGGACUUUUCAUGUUUCUCAAUGUGAUGUUUUUUCUAUCUUUUUUGGCUGUUCACCUUUUUUAUUACAUGUUUGAAAUAAAGCUUCUCAAACUAAACUAUUCACAGUAUGUAGAAGAAAUGGAUUCGGUCCAGACGCUGGCCUUCCCACCACUGAGG